AUGGAUAAUGCCGCUGAGCACAGCAACGGCUCUGCCGAUGCUGCACCCUUGAGACCCGCAGAACCCACCCACUCGUCGCCUUCACUUGAUAUGGACUCCGAUAAUAAUGAUUUGACACCUACAGGGCCCAUCCUCGAGCCCACAUUGGUGUCACCUAAGCCUCCGUCACCCGCAAAGUCGAUCCAAAGCCAAUCAGGAAGAGCCGAUUCGGGAUUUGACCCUCGCUCCGCCGGUCGAAUGGGACACUCUGCACGCCCCCUAAGCCACGGACCCAGGAGGUUCAGUGGAAGCACGGCUGCCAGUACUGCUGCAAGCUCUAUCAGUGAAGUGGAAUCCGGCUCCCUUAAGCCAUGGAGGAUCGGAGUUUGUGCCUUGGAUGUGAAAGCACGCAGUAAACCGAGCCAGAAUAUCUUGACUCGACUCCAAUCGAAAGGCGAAUUCGAGGUGAUAGUUUUUGGAGACAAGGUCAUUCUCGACGAAGCAGUCGAAAAUUGGCCUGUGUGUGACUUCUUGCUCGCUUUCUUUUCCGAUGGAUUCCCCUUGGACAAAGCCAUUGCCUAUGCUAAACUUCGCAAGCCGCUCUGCGUUAAUGAUCUGCCUAUGCAAAAGGUCUUGUGGGACAGGCGGCUCUGUCUGAGAAUCCUGGAUCAUAUGGGGGUCCCCACCCCGAAGCGACUGGAGGUCAACCGUGAUGGUGGUCCGGUUCUAGAAUCGGUGGAACUAGCCCAGCAUAUAUAUCGUCUUACUGGUAAUGUCUCAAUGUCCGAGGAUGGCGAGGCCUUGAUUGUUGACGGCAAACUGUUCAAAAAGCCCUUUGUCGAAAAACCUGUCAAUGGCGAGGACCACAACAUUCACAUCUACUUUCCGAACGACCAGCAGUACGGUGGCGGUGGAAGAAGGCUAUUCCGAAAGGUCGGCAACAAAAGUUCAGAAUACGAUCCUAAUCUCACUGUUCCACGAUCCGUCACCGAGAAGGAUACAAGUUAUUUGUACGAACAGUUCCUCAGGGUUGACAACGCGGAAGAUGUCAAAGCGUACACCGUGGGGCCAGACUUUUGUCACGCAGAGACGCGCAAAUCUCCUGUGGUCGAUGGCCUCGUUCGGCGCAAUACCCACGGGAAGGAAGUACGAUACAUCACAAAACUUAGCAAGGAGGAGGCAAUAAUCGCAUCCAAGAUCUCAAAUGGAUUCGGUCAAAGAAUUUGUGGUUUUGACAUGCUUCGUGUGGGAGAUAAAAGCUAUGUCAUUGACGUCAACGGCUGGAGCUUCGUCAAAGACAACAAUGAUUAUUAUGAUAAAUGUGCCAACAUUCUCAGAGACAUUUUCUUGGAAGAAAGACGCAAAUGCGAGGGGAUAUCAGAAUCGUCUGAGCCACCCUCGCCGGACAUAGGUCCCCUAUCUAGAAGGAGCACGGCAGGAUCUCAUCGCCAAGCCCUCAAGACACUGCUGAAGUCUCCUAGUACUUCUAGGCUCUAUGGCCAAAACCAGAAAACUACCGAGGCUCCAGAGUCAUGUACUCCAUCUCUGGCGUCAUCUGGGGUAGAGAGUACUGAUGUUGGUGCUGCUCUCAGCAAGUUGAAUUCUCGGGACGCCCACUCCACUACUCGUGGCUAUAGUCCCUCGAACACGAAGUCUCCGGCUCUUUCGGUACAGCACGCUAAUGACGAAGCCCUUCCACCCCUUCCUGCUUCCAAGCAUUCUUGGAAGCUAAAGGGCAUGGUGGCUGUGAUUCGACACGCAGAUCGGACCCCCAAGCAAAAAUUCAAGUUCACUUUCCAUAGCCAACCUUUCGUGAAUUUGCUGAAAGGGCACCAGGAGGAGAUAGUGAUUAAGGGGGAAGCUGCAUUGUCCAGUGUUUCUGAUGCCGUCAAGCAGGCUAUGGAGAAGGGCUUGGAGGACAUGGAGAAGCUCAAACUGCUUCGCACAUCUUUAGAGAAAAAGGGCGGUUGGCCUGGUACCAAAGUACAGAUAAAGCCGAUGUUCCGGAAACGAAAACCAGAAGAAAUGGGAGAGCAGGGCCCACUGGAAGGUUCAACUCCAUUGCCCGAGGCCAAACCCUGUGAAGAGCCCACUACGCCUGUGGCCAAUGAUGGGGAGGGACUGACGCCAGAAAACGAGGACUUGCGUAAAUCACAGACACGAAGUGAUUCUAUUUCAGGUGCGACCUUCUCUCGGUUCUCCGCCGUCGAGAAUGACUUGAUUUUGGACAAACUACAGCUUGUGAUCAAGUGGGGUGGCGAGCCCACACAUGCUGCGCGUUACCAAUCGCAGGAUCUUGGAUUGAACAUGCGGGAUGAUCUCAAGCUGCUGAACAAGGAAGCGUUGAAUAAUGUUCGCAUAUUUACCAGCUCAGAGCGUAGAGUGAGCACCAGUGCACAAAUAUGGGCAUGCUCAUUUUUGGACCAGAAGGAUAUCCCCGAAGACUUGAUACAAGUCCGGAAAGAUUUGCUUGACGACUCAAAUGCCGCCAAGGAUGUCAUGGAUAAAGUGAAGAAAAAGCUGAAAUUGCUUUUGCGAGAAGGGUCUGCGCCUUCACAGUUUGCUUGGCCUAAGGACAAGAACAUCCCAGAGCCUUCGGUUGUCCUUGCUAGGGUAGUCGAACUCAUGAAGUUCCACCGCAGUGUCAUGCGAUAUAACUUUGAGAGACUUGACGGUUCACCGCACAUCUCCCCGACUCCAUCCGAGGACCCUGAGACGUCGAGCCAAUCCUCUGAUAUAUCUGGCAUACAGGGACGUUGGUGCGCGGGUGAAGAUCCUCGACUCUUCAAAGAGCGGUGGGAAAAACUCUUUGCAGAGUUUUGUGACACCGAGAAGGUCGACCCGAGCAAGCUUUCUGAGCUAUAUGACAGUAUGAAAUUCGAUGCACUCCACAACAGACAGUUUUUGGAAUGGGUCUUCAUGCCACAGGACGAUUCCCGCCACUCCGAUGAAGAUCAGAAAAGCAAGAGCGCAGCAAAGACAGACACGAGCGCGGAGGGAAAACUUGGACCGGAAGCUGGGAAUGACAAAUCUGAAGAGCGCAUGGAAAGCCAGACGUUUGUUCAUCGCUUUGGGCUGAGGAAACGCAUCUUCCCUCUCGAAUCACUACCUCACCUUCGGGCACUAGAUGAUUCGUACGAUCACUACUUCAAGCUUUUCCCUGGCUCUCAAUCCUCCAAAUGCAAGGUGGAUGAGCGCUUUUCAAAGCUCCGAGAACUCUACAAGCUAGCGAAGGUUUUGUUCGACUAUGUGACGCCUCAGGAAUACGGAAUUACCGACAGCGAGAAACUCGAGAUCGGCCUCCUAACAUCUCUUCCCCUUCUCCAAGAGAUUGUUCGAGAUCUAGAAGAGGUGCAGGCUUCGCAGGAUGCCAAGUCUUUCUUCUACUUCACCAAGGAAUCUCAUAUCUACACCCUCUUGAAUUGCAUCUUGGAAGGUGGAAUUCAGACCAAGAUUGCCAGGAGUGCUAUCCCAGAACUUGAUUAUCUCUCUCAGAUUUGCUUCGAGCUAUACGAAGCUCGGGACAGUGAAUCGGACUCCUACUCUUACUCCAUCCGCAUCUCAGUCAGCCCUGGUUGCCACGCCUUCGACCCGCUUGACGUGCAACUUGAUUCCAGGCACGCCAUCGGCUGCACCCCACGCCGAAGCCUGACAGCUCAUCAAGAUUGGAAGGAGGUAAUUGAGACGUUGAAGGCGAAAUUCAACACUGUGGAACUACCCAAGACCUUCAUUGCAGUGAACCUCAGUGACAAGCAUAGCUCUCACGGUGAGACUUCACCGACGCCCUCACGUGGUAUUUCCCCAACUCAGGACUGA